AUGCAACUCAGCGAUCUCCCUACGGGCUUUAGUUCGAGAUACAUUCAGGACAAGCGGCGGAUGAAAAUCGCGUCAGCGUCUGACAUCGACGUCUCAGAAUUCUCUCUCCCUCCGACCGCUCACGCCAGACGCGACCCGCGCGAGCAACUCACUCCUCUUGACCUCCUGGCGAUCCGUCCCUCUCCCAGCGUCACCGCGAGGGCGCGUGCGGCAGCGGCAGCGUCUCUCUUGCGGCGCCCGCGAGCUCCAGUCUCGAAUUCGGUGCCCGCCGCGACUGACCGGCCGGGGGGGGCGGUUGCGCUUUUCAGGGCCCGCAGCGGCGCGUCUGGCGGCUUCCCGUCCAGCGCGGAUGGCCGCGAGGCAGGGCAAGCGCGGCGCGAGGAGAUUCGCGGGGAGGAGGGGAGAGACGGGCGCGGAAGGGCAGCAGACAGCGCGCGCGGAAAGGGGAACCUCGCGAGCAGCGGCUGCGGCGACCUGAGUGGAGAUCAGCGCGCUGUGGCUUCUGCUGGCGGAGCAGAUUUCUACGUCGAGCUCUCGCGGAUCGCCAGGGAGACAGGAUUCACACUCGAGGCCGAGACAGUUGUGCAGUUGGCUCUCCAGCAGCGAGCCGGGGACGACCGAAGCCGUCCGCCUUCUUCUGGUGCGCCGUCCGCUGCGACUUCGCCUGCGAAGGGGCUGCGGAGAGACACGCGCACGCUGCGGCGCGUGCUGCCUGACGCAGCCAGGCAAAACCAGAGAAACGGAGGGUUCACAGCCGGCGGCUGGGGAUGGAAAGAUAACCGAGAAGCUGUCAAAGAGGUGUACCGACAGCGCGUCACAGUCGAGCGGUCCAGCAGCCCCUCCCUUUUCUCGUUCUCAGUUGUUCCAGAAGAAGACGACUGA